UUAAUGUUGCCAAGGUCGGUAUUUACUUCCUGGAGCAUAAUGUGUCUGUGAGCAGGUGCUCCAAAGUGCAGAAGUCGGGCUUUGCAAUGUUUAAGGAAGGGUUUAUGUGCUCAUGCAGCUAUAGCACCAGUGAUAGGAACCUGUUCCUACGAGCUACUGUAUUCGCAGAGAUGAAGAAAGAUGUGACGUAUCUGGUGGAAUGUCGCAUUCAGGACAGUGAAAUAGGGUACACCAGCUGCGAAUGUACAGCUGGCCGUGGCCCUCAUGCCAUUUGCAAGCAUGUUGCUGUGCUGCUUUAUAAUUUGGAGCAGUAUGAAAGGACUGACAAAUGGAUGAUGUCCAAGUCAUGCACUGAUGUUGCUCAGUCAUGGCCUCAUCAACCGAAGAAAAGAGUUCUGGAUCCCCACGAGGCCAAGACUCCAGAGGACAUUUUGAAUGCGAAUGAGGAUCAUGCGUACUUUGCAGACCCCAGGCCAGCAAAGUUUCAGAAAAUGGACUCCAAACGUCAAAGAGUUGAGAUGAUGCUGAUUAACUAUUCAUCAACAAGGUCGCACAGUUUGCAUCUCGGUGAAAUAUGUCAAGGUAAGGCAAACAUGCAAGCAGUUGUGGAUGACCAUGAUUACCUAAGGUCAAGCUUGACAGAAGCAUGGGUGGACAACAUCACAAAGGUCUCCAAAGAAGAGGCUAGCUUGCUGGAGAGAAAGACAAGGGGACAAUCAACAUCUAGUUUGUGGACUGCAGAAAGGCGAGUGAGACUGACUGCUUCUUCGGCGCACAGAGUGUGCAAUGUGAAGAAGAACAGAGACAGCCUAGCUGCCAGCCUAUAUGAUCCUCAAAGUCUUGGUCAUAUUCCAGCAGUCAGGUGGGGCAAGGCAAAUGAGUCACAGGCUUUGGAGAAAUAUGCUGAGGUCACUGGUAGAGCAGUGCAAAAGUGUGGGUUAUUUGUAUGUGUUGAUAUGCCUUUUCUUGCUGCCAGUCCUGAUGGGGUGUGUUCCGACAGGCUUGUCGAAAUCAAAUGUCCAUAUAAGAAGGAAGUGAGGGAAAGCGAAACACUGCUGGAUGCUGGGUACCUGCCCUUGGUAAAAGAUGAAAAUGGAAAGGUCAGUUUAAAGGAGUCGCACCCAUACUUUUACCAGAUCCAGCUGCAAAUGCAUGUGACUGGCCAUAGCAUGUGUGAUUUUGUGGUAUACACUCCCAAGGAUAUGUGCAUUGUGGAGGUUAAGCGCAAUGAACCUUUUAUCACUAACAUGGUCAGGAGCCUGGCCUCCUUUUACCAAGCGCAUUACAAGCCCUUACUGGCACGAAAGCUGUUUGGAUGUGGCAGCUAAGGACUGGCGACAAUGGUGAUGUGUGACUGUGUCAGAGGUAUGACUGUACAAUGGGUACAGAAGCAUCCGGAUUAUGUGCUGAUGUGUUGUAUUCCGCAUGUUGAUUGAAUACAUAUUGAGCAUCAGCAGUGGCACCAUUUUCUUGUUCUUUGAUUCACCAAUCACCGAUCAUCCCAAUGAAUGGAUGCCUGGAUGCCGGACGCGACCGUCUU